AUCUCCCACCUACAAAAAAAAUCUUGACCCCACCAUCGACUAACUUACAUACAGCAUCACAACCCAUCAGUUUUGCGACAAUGGCCGACUACGCUUCAGACUCGUCAGAGGGCGAAUUCACCGAGACGAAUGUCCUUCUCGGAUAUGCCUCCAAAGAGGCCGAAGAAGACACGAUAAGCAAACUGGGAGGCACUCCGGUAAAUUACUUUUCGCCUCUGCACUAUUCAUUUCUCUUGAGAUUCUUUUCAAUGGCGAUGACUUGCGCCUCGAAGGCCUUUGACUGGCUCGACGCAGACAAACCUCCCUCAGCGGCACUGGCAAGAUGUAAAGUCUGCAAAGAUCUCAUGGCGCUGCUCCUCCAGCUCAACGGCGAGCUCCCCGAGAAAUUCCCCUCCCACGAGCGGCGGCUGUACGUGUUUGCCUGCCGCAGGGCGACAUGUCGGAGAAAGGCUGGAAGCGUUCGUGCGCUGCGAGGCGUGAGGGUGUGGAAAGACGGUGCCGAGGCGACAGCCGAGGUUGAGAAGAAGAAGCCCGAGACGAAGAGGGAACCGGAGGAGAAGAAGAAGGAGGAGAAUGGGCCUGGCCUCGGGGAGUCGCUGUUUGGAGCGAAGCCUUUGGGACAGGCGGGCGGAAAUCCGUUUUCGAGCGGCGGCGCGAAUCCUUUCAGCUCGGGGUCGAGCAAUCCAUUCAGCACUUCUUCAUCCAACCCGUUUUCGAGCCAGCCAGCCAAGCCUGCUACAGCCCCAGCCGAGAAGCCUGCUGCUGCUUCAGCUUCAGCAGCUGCAACGACGAACCUCUCCAAGACCUUUGCCGAAACUCUUGCCCUGAACACCACGCCCGCGGGCCCUCCUCCUCCUCCCGAGCCAUGGCCCGAAAAGGCGGCUCAGCCAACUCCCUACCCGACGCUCUACCUCGCCGACGCCGACUACGAGACGCUGGACCCCACGUCGACGACCAACAAGCUGCCCGCCAACGUGACCAUUGCCGACUCCGACGCCCCGGAGCCCUCGGCGCUCGACCGCGAGGCCUUCGAGUCCGCCAUGGACGCCACCUUCCAGAAGUUCGCCGACAGGAUGGCCCAGAACCCGGAGCAGUGCAUCCGCUACGAGUUUGGCGGCGCGCCCUUGCUGUACUCCAAGUCGGACGCGGUGGGCGAGCUGCUGACGAAGCGGACGAUGCCGGGGUGCCCCAACUGCGGCGGCCGGCGGACGUUUGAGGUGCAGCUGACGCCCAACGCCAUCACGGAGCUGGAGGAGGGGGAUCUGAGCCUGGACGGGAUGGAGUGGGGGACGAUUAUCGUGGGGGUGUGCGAGAGGGACUGUUUGGUCAGGGGGACGGGGGUUGAGGAGGCGUGUUAUUUGGAGGAGUGGGCGGGUGUGCAGUGGGAGGAGCUGUCCAAGGGCAAGUAA